AUGCCCGCAGCCUGCGUGUUCUCCGCAGUAGGGGACAGAUGGCACCGGCUCGACGCUAUCAACCGCUUGGUCAUCUUCGGCGACUCCACUACGCGGCUCGAGGGCUGCGCAACGUGGGUGCGCGCCGCCUUUCCAUUUCUCACUACCAGUUUCCUGAAGGCGUGUGUGCCUCUGCAGCUGGCGCAUUUCCUGCGGUCGGUGAACCAUAAAAGGGACCUAACCGAAGCUCCCCGUGUCGAGGCGUCCAGCUACGCGGUGCCUGGACAAACCGUUGAGGACGACCUCGCAAGCCAGCUGGCCGCAUUCUUCGCUCAGCACCCCAGGAAGGGCGGGCCGAGCACCGCGCCCGCGCUGGAUCCCUUGCGGACGCUCUACGUAUUCUGGCUGGGAACUAACGACUGCGGACGGACGGGAGCUGAAGACCUGGAAGAGAUCGUCGACACAAUUUUUGACGACGGCCUCGACGAGCUCUACGUACACGCCGGGGCUCGCAACUUCCUCGUCAUUGACGUCCCUCCGAACGACCGCAGUCCCGCAGCUCUCGCCCUACCGCACGACCUCUCUGCGCGCUAUGCGACCUGGAAUGCGGUCCUCACUGCAAAAGCGCCGCACUUCGCGUCAGAGAACACGCACGCCUCCGUUUUCCUCUUCUCUGCGCAUGCAGCCAUUUCAUCAGUGCUAGACGACCCACUUGCGUUCGGCUUCUCCGCGGACGAUGCUGGUGCAGAGGGGGGUCAGAUCUGGGCCGACGAGAUGCACCUGACGAGUGCGGUGCAUGCGGUCGUCGCGCGCAGGCUAGAGGAGGCAUUGCGUGCGGUUUAG